AUGCGCUUCUUCCGUUCUUUGAUCACUUUCGGCAUUGUCGCCCUGGUGGCCGCGCAAGACUUGAGCUUGACCAGCAGCAGCGCCACCAGUGUUGCUUCCUCCUCCCCGACGCUUGAUGCGCAGACGAGAUGCUUGCAGAAAUCUGCCUGUGUCAACGUACCGUGUCCAAGUCAACUUCAGGCGAAUGCGACCACCGACUGCGCUGCUCAAUGCCCGCAAGGCAAUGGCACCCAAUCCGAGACAGAGCAAUAUGCCAGUUGCCAGGCAUCAUGCAUCAGUUCGUACUUCCUGUCCACCGGAACGCCUGCCCCAAGUGCGACAGCCAGCCCUGGUUCCGGGACUGUCACAUCUGGAGGAAGUGCUGCGAGUACAACCGGUGGCUCAGCGGCAUCAAGAGGCAGCGCAGCGACUGGUGCAUCUGCACCGGCUUUGGCGACCGGCUCUUCCAGCAAUGGCGCCAACGGACUGCAUCUCGGCAUGUAUGGACUAGGAUGCUUGGGUCUGGUUAUUACAGGCUUGGCCCUGUGA